UCACAAAUAGCGUAUCUGUUAGAAAUAGCUUAUUGACCCCCUAUAUAUGUGUGUGCUGUCACCAUAGGUAGCUGAUCCACUGCAUGUGUGUGCCCCCUACUAAUACACUUACUGAGUAAGACACGUAUUCAUUUAUAUAAUAGUAAUACUACACUAUGGAUUAUUUGUUAAACACAUUCUUGGUGCUGUAUAGAACAGAGCGGAAGAUGCAGUCCGUGUCCCGAGGAACUUACAGUCAUAUUACAAAGGGACACGCAAAUACUCACAUGCCUUGUGGAUUUUUUUUUCUCCUUGCCAAAGGAUAUCAGCUAAUCUACAUUGAGGACACCCCUGGUUAAGGAUUUCCUCAUAUGUAUUUUUCCCAAGUCUCUUUGAGCUCUACAUAAUACAAGACUGGGGUUAUGAAGUCGAUCCUAGAUGGCCUCGCAGACACAACUUUCCGAACAAUUACAACAGAUCUUCUUUACAUGGGUUCCAACGAUAUCCAGUACGAAGAUAUUAAAGGUGACAUGGCCUCCAAACUAGGAUACUACCCACAGAAAUUCCCAUUAUCUUCCUUCAGGGGUGAUCCUUUUCAAGAAAAAAUGACUGCAGGAGAUGAUCCCCUGUUAAGUAUAAUUCCAUCGGAUCAGAUCAAUAUUACAGAAUUUUACAACAAGUCCCUAUCCACUUUCAAGGAUAAUGAGGAGAAUAUACAAUGUGGGGAGAACUUCAUGGAUAUGGAGUGCUUUAUGAUUCUAAACCCCACCCAGCAGCUGGCUAUUGCAGUGCUAUCCCUUACCCUGGGCACCUUCACCGUCCUGGAGAACCUUCUAGUGCUGUGUGUUAUCCUGCACUCUCGAAGCCUCCGGUGCAGGCCCUCCUACCAUUUCAUUGGCAGCUUGGCAGUGGCUGACCUCCUGGGCAGUGUAAUCUUUGUCUACAGUUUUGUUGAUUUCCAUGUUUUCCAUCGGAAAGACAGUCCUAACGUAUUUUUGUUCAAGUUGGGUGGAGUUACAGCCUCUUUCACUGCCUCAGUAGGCAGCCUUUUCCUUACGGCAAUAGACAGGUACAUAUCUAUACACAGGCCACUCUCUUACAAAAGGAUUGUUACCCGACCAAAGGCUGUUGUAGCAUUCUGCGUGAUGUGGACCAUAGCUAUCGUAAUAGCUGUUCUUCCUCUGCUCGGCUGGAACUGCAAAAAGCUCAAUUCUGUUUGUUCAGACAUCUUCCCUCUCAUUGAUGAGACUUAUCUAAUGUUCUGGAUUGGGGUCACCACUGUACUUUUGCUGUUUAUUGUAUAUGCCUAUAUGUACAUAUUGUGGAAGGCUCAUAGUCAUGCUGUUAGAAUGAUUCAGCGUGGCACUCAAAAAAGCAUAAUAAUUCAUACCACAGAGGAAGGUAAAGUACAUAUUACUAGACCUGAUCAAACUCGUAUGGACAUCAGAUUAGCCAAAACCUUGGUCCUUAUUCUGGUGGUUUUAAUCAUAUGCUGGGGCCCUCUACUUGCGAUUAUGGUAUAUGAUGUCUUUGGGAAAAUGAACAAACUCAUCAAGACUGUCUUUGCGUUCUGUAGCAUGCUCUGUUUAAUGAAUUCAACAGUGAAUCCCAUCAUCUAUGCUCUACGAAGCAAGGACUUGAGACAUGCUUUCCGGAGCAUGUUUCCAACCUGCGAAGGGACUACGCAGCCUCUUGAUAACAGUAUGGAGUCCGACUGCCAGCACAAACAUGUUAAUAAUGCAGGUAAUGUUCACAGGGCAGCUGAAAGCUGUAUUAAGAGCACAGUUAAGAUCGCCAAAGUGACCAUGUCUGUUUCCACAGACACAACUGCAGAGGCAUUGUAAAUCUCAGACCUCUCAACAUUGUGAGAAUAGAAGAUAGUUUAAACAAAUAAAAAUACAUGACUUAAAGCUUUUGUUCCCUCACCUGUAACAUUUUUAAGUUUGUCAUAACAAGUUGUACAGUGAUUGUGUUAAGAAUUGUUACCAUCAGCCAGUCCUCCAAGUUUUGCAAUUAGGGAUUCAGACUACAUUGAAAAAGAAAAGAUUUCAAUUAAGAAAAGUGCUCAUUGAAUAAUAAAAUAUGAAACUCUGUCAGAAUGUAUAGAAAAGGCGAAACUAGCAACAAUUCCUUAAUAAGUUACUGGGAAUAGAGUGGAGGGAAAUCUGAAAACUGAUGAAAACGAAACAUCCUAAAGCCAUGUCAUUAAAUAAUAAUAAAAAAGCCUUGUACUAAUAAUGUUCAUUCCAUUGCGAAAUGUAUUAAAUGUCUAGGAGUCAUAGAACUUUUAUUUUUUUUCCAAAAAGCGGCAGUACUGAAUUUUUGAGGUUCUGUAAAAUGUGUUGUCCUGUGAAAUGUAUACUGUUUUAUUACUUGUUAUUGAUAUUUGUCUAAGUGAUAAUGUAGACUUAUGUGGAAAUAAUGUGAAAUAUGUGUUUUGUAAAUCCCAUUGAAAACAUCUUCUGUAAUUGAAGAAUUCCUAUGAGCUAUUUUAGAAAUUUUACACAUUUAGUGGGCUUCUGUGGAUUUAGAGGAAAGGCACUGUAUUUCUUCAACUAAUUAUUUUACAUUGAAAUCCCCAUUAAUUUUAACUUUCACAUGAGUACAAGAAUAACAGCAACAAGGGAAUAUAGACUAGCACUGCACAGAAAGGAGUGCACUGGUUCAGACUUAAAUACCACUGCGUUUAUACAUAAGGACAUUUAUUGUCUUAUGGACUAUGCCUUUCUAGUGGGCAUUAUGUAAAUAUGAACACUAAAAAGAACAGGUACUGGAUACUGGCUUCUUUAAUUGGUAACUGCUAGCACUGGACCUCUGAAGAAAGCAUGUUUCAAAUUCAGUGUAUAAUGUUAUUUAUCACUGUGCAGUUGAUAUAUACUUGAACUGUGCUGCAUUUGUAUAUCCAAGGAUAAAACAGAUUUAAAACCUGAGAUGCCAAACUCCAGUCUUCACUAAAUAAGGAACAAGUGUUAUCAAAAUUAGAUAUUUUUUGUUUGAACGUGUAUAUAAAUAAGUGUGUGUGUGUGUGUGUGUGUGUGUGUGGACGUAGACUAUGUAAAUGUGAGUCACAGUAGUAUUACUAAGAUAGGAAACUGUGACCAAAUGUAAACUAUUUCUUGUUGCACUCUUUGCACAUGAAUUCUGUUCCUAAAAUUGAGUUCUUCCAGCUGAUCAGUGAUGAACAUACUUAUUGUAAGAUUCGGAACUUACUCGUAGAUGCACACUGAGAAAUGUAUCCAUGUGCUAGAGAAAAUAACCUUUUAUUUGAGAACAAGGCAAAAAAUAAUCAGGAGGAAAAAUAGGAGGCAAAAUAUGCCCUGAACAAAAAUAAGCAACAGAAAAUCAGUCUUUACAUUGUUAAAAAAUUGAGAACGUUGGAGAGAAGACUUUUUAUUUUUCCCCACAAAGUCCUUAAGUAUUAAAUUUAAUGGCUUGAAAUGAGGCGUGUCUCACACUAUAAAAACAGAGUAUAGAUUAGGGAUGUAAAAUUCUAAUUAAUCUAUUAACCGGUUAAACUUGUGGUGUCUAACCAGUUCUGAAAUGAACUAGCCACACUCAAUCAGCCAACUAGCCACAUUGUUUAAGCCAACUAGCCACACUCUACCUGCCAAAUAGGCACAUGUGGCUAGUGCCUAGCGUAUUGGAUACCACGGGGUUAAAUGUUAGGGUUAUUAAAGUGGGAUCCAAGCUGGGAACCGCUCCAGCCUGUCUGGAGCAGUCCCUAGCCCAUGGGACUCCUGUCCCCAUCCUGGGGCUGGGGCUGCCACCAGCUGCUGGGUUCCAGCCCCCACUGGAGCAUCUCACUGCACUGGGCCUGGGCUGGGCUCCCUGCAGAGAGAGGUUGCUCUGGUGUCCGGAGCAGCUCCUGCCUACAUUGUGCCUAGGCCCACUGAGGACAGAGGCUUCUUUGGAUGAGAGCAGCCUCUGUCUGUGAUGGGGCCCCUGU